AUGCAGCUAUUGCUCUUUGUCAUCUACGGUACGUUAAUGAGUUUCCUCUCAGCCGAGAUAAAUAUAUUUUGUGAAAUUUCGAAUACAACUGCAUCUAACAAGUCUUACGUAGUAAAAGUUCAAAUCGAUAACAAUGAAAUGCAGACCGUUGAAUCAUCAUAUAUUGUUCAUUUGUACAAGAAAAGCUCAAAUGAAUCAAUUUUGAAUAUCGAUCUCUAUACCAAUGAAACAUUUCUAUUCGAAACACUCCAAUGUCAUCAACACCACAUUAAUAGUACAUAUGAUGUUAAAUUGGGUGAAAGAGAAGCAAAAGAUAAUAAUUUGUCAUCGGUUACACCAGACGAUAAGCUAUCAACUAUUGUCAAUAAUCAAAAUGGAACUGUACCAACCGGUGUAAUGAACAUGAAUGACUCGUCCGCCGUAAAUGACGUAUCAGCAACAACUACUGUCAUCUCUACUAGUACAAGUAAUAGUACUACUAAAACUACUACUACUCGAAUACUGAAAACAGCUGAACCAUCGUCUACUCAUUCAGCACAAUACGGCAUGGGAUUCGGUAUAACAUUAAUUAGUCUAUUAUACAUCGGUGAAAUAGUUUAUUUCAAAUUUUUUUAUCGUUUUAAUCAUGGGAAUGAUGAAUAUACAGUAUAA